AUGGGCCCCCGGAUUGGCGUCGGCGUCUUCGUCCUUAACCCCCAAGGCCGAAUAAUAAUUGGAAAGCGCCAAGGCAGUCACGGAGCUGGAACAUGGGGACUCCCAGGUGGGCAUCUCGAAUUCAACGAGACGUUUGAAGCCUGUGCCAAACGAGAAGUGUUUGAGGAGACCGGGCUCAAGAUUAAGGAUAUCAAAUUCCUCACAGCCACGAAUGAUAUCAUGCGGGCCGAGGGGAAGCACUACGUCACUGUGUUUGUGGGAGGUGUGGUUACAGAAGCAAAUGCGCAGCCCAAAGUAAUAGAACCAGAAAAAUGUGCAGAGUGGCAGUGGCAGAGCUGGGAGGAGAUCGGGGAGUUCGCAGCAGCGCAGAAGGUCGCAGAAGUGGAGGGAUCGAUGGACAGCUUUGAGGGAAAGAGGUUGUUUAUGCCGCUUCUGGAUCUAUUUGAGCAGCGGAGAGGGUUUCAUCCCUACCACUGCUUCCAAAGCCACUCUGCAGAUGAAACGGCCUGA